GAAUCCCUGACGUAUGACGACGUGACUAUGAAGUUCACGUGGGAGGAGUGGCAGCUCCUGGACCCCGAUCAGAAGGACCUGUACCGGGAUGUGAUGCUGGAGAACUAUAGCAACCUGGUGUCCGUGGGGUAUCAAGCCAGCAAACCAGAUGCUGUCUCCAGGUUGGAACGAGGAGAACAACUGUGGCCAGUAGAAGAUGACAGCCACGGUCGAAUCUGUCCAGAAAUCAGGAAAGUUGAUGACCCUCUGCAGCAUCACUUGCCAAAUCACAGCAUUCAAAAUACUGUAGACCAAUGCUGCGAACAUAAUACAUUUGCAAAUAUUGUUAAUCAGAAUGAAACUCAUUUCCUAUUAAAGCAAAAUUGUGAUAUGUUUGACUUAACUGAAAAACCUUUAAAUUCAAAUUUAAGUUUUGAAAACCAGAAGAGAAGCUAUAAUUUAGAGAACUCUGCUGAGUUUAAUGGAGAUGGGAAAUCCUUUCUCCAUGCUAACCAUGAGCAAUCUUUUACUGAAAUUAAAUUUCCUGUAAGUGCAAAACCCAUCAACAAUAACUCCCUGUCCACUAAGCAACAGAGAACUCACAACAUAGAGAAAGCCCAUGUAUGCAGUGAGUGUGGGAAAGCCUUCUUCAAGAUGUCUCAGCUCUUUGAUCAUCAGAAAGUUCAUACUAGAGAAAAACCUCAUGGAUGCAGUCUGUGUGGGAAAGCCUUCUCCAGAAAAUCCAGGCUCACUGAACAUCAGAGAACUCAUACGGGACUGAAACAUUAUGAGUGCACUGAAUGCGAUAAAACCUUCUUUAAGAAAUCGCAGUUCAAUAAACAUCAGAAAAGUCAUAUGGGAGAGAAACCUUACACAUGUAGCGAAUGUGGGAAAGCAUUCACCAAAAAGUGUCGGCUCAUUUAUCAUCAGCGAACUCAUACGGGAGAGAAGCCCCAUGGAUGCAGUCUGUGUGGAAAAGCCUUCUCUACAAAGUUCAGUCUCACUACACAUCAGAAAACUCAUACAGGAGAGAAACCUUACAUAUGCAGUGAAUGUGGAAAAGGCUUCAUCGAGAAGAGGCGUCUUAUUGCACACCAUCGAACUCAUACAGGUGAGAAACCCUUUAUAUGCAUUGUAUGUGGGAAAAGUUUCACCUUGAAGAACAGUCUUAUCACUCAUCAGCAAACUCACAGAGAAGAGAAAUUGUAUAUGUGCAGUGAAUGUGGGAAAGGCUUUUCAAUGAAGCACUGCCUCAUCGUACAUCAGCGAACUCAUACUGGAGAGAAACCCUAUACAUGCAAUGAGUGUGGAAAAGGCUUCACCUUGAAGAGCCCUCUCAUCAGACAUCAGCGGAUUCAUACAGGGGAGAAACCCUAUGUAUGUAGUGUGUGUGGAAAAGGCUUCACCAUGAAGAGUGAUCUUAUUGUACAUCAGCGAACUCAUACUGCAGAGAAACCCUAUGUAUGCAGUGACUGUGGGAAAGGCUUCACUGUGAAGAGCCGCCUGAUUGUACACCAGCGAACUCACACAGGGGAGAAGCCCUACGUGUGCAGUGAAUGUGGAAAAGGCUUUCCAGCCAAGAUCCGGCUGAUAGGACAUCAGCGAAUUCAUACAGGAGAGAAACCAUAUGUAUGCAGUGAAUGUGGUAAAGGCUUCACAGAGAAGAGUCAUCUCAACGUACACCAGCGCACUCACACAGGAGAGAAACCCUAUGUAUGCAAUGAAUGUGGCAAAGGCUUAACUGGGAAAAGCAUGCUCAUCGCACAUCUGCGAACUCAUACUGGAGAGAAACCAUAUAUAUGCAAUGAAUGUGGCAAGGGCUUCACCAUGAAGAGUACUCUGGGUACACAUCAGCAAACUCACACUGGAGAGAAACCGUACAAAUGCAACGAGUGUGGUAAAGCCUUUAGGAAGAAGACAUGCCUCAUACAACAUCAGAGAGUUCACUCAGGAAAAACUUCCUUUGCAUGUACUGAAUGUGGAAAAUUCUCUUUGCGCAAAAAUGAUCUCAUUACCCAUCAGAGAAUUCACACAGGAGAGAAGCCAUAUGAAUGCAAUGAAUGUGAGAAAACCUUCACCACAAAGUCAGGGCUCAAUGUUCAUCAAAGAAAGCAUACAGGAGAGAGGCCCUAUGGAUGCAGCGAGUGUGGGAAAGCUUUUGCCCACUUGUCAAUCCUUGUUAAACAUAAGAGAAUUCAUAGGUAGUCACUCUGGGGAAGCCUGUUGCCAGUUGUACUCAAGAUAACAGUAUGCAGAGAAGAAUCACAAUGCAAAGAAUGUGGUGUUAUCUUUAGUGAUCAAUUGCCUCAUAUUUUAUGUUGAUGAAAAAAUUUACAAGACAACUUAGACACAAUCAGCCAUGGUGAAAAUGUUUUAGGACAUUUUAUUGUCUAAAAAGUGUAUACUGAGGGCUUCCCUGGUGGCGCAGUGGUUAAGAGUCC